AUGAAGACCCGAGUUCGAUGUAUGGAAUUGAUAGCCAGGGACCCGGAAUAUCCUGUAAACGUUGUCACCGAUUCAGCUUAUGUGGCGGGUUUGGUUCAAAGAUUGGCUAAGGCUGUGCUUGGUCAGCCACACAAGCUUGCCUGGUUUUAUUGUGGAAGGGAACGCUCGUGCAGAUGCUCUCGUAUCGGGGGUGGCAAUAGGUCCAGUACCAAAUGUGAGACAACAGGCGAUCGAAGCUCAUCGUUUUUUCACCAAGGACAUCGGGCCUUAAAGCGGCAAUUUCGAUUGUCGAACUCUGAGGCUCGUGCCAUCGUCGCCGCGUGCCCUGACUGUCAGGGCCACCAUGUACCUCAUUAUUAUGGAACCAACCCUAGAGGCCUUCGAGCCUUGCAAAUCUGGCAGACUGACGUGACACAUAUUCCUGAGUUUGAGCGGUUGAAAUAUGUGCAUGUGUCUAUUGAUACUUUUUCUUCUGUUGUUAUUGCCACCGCUCAUACAGGUGAAGCCGCCAGGGAUGUUAUUCGACACUGCCAACGAGCGUUUUCUGUGGCUGGUGUACCUCAGCAGAUUAAGACUGACAACGGUCCAGCCUAUCUUUCUACCAAGGUGACUAUCUUUUUGCAGCUUUGGGGAAUUACCCAUGUCACCGGUAUCCCUCAUUCUCCCACAGGACAAGGCAUUGUAGAGCGUGCCCAUGGAACUCUAAAGCAUAUGCUUCAAAAACAAAAAGGGGGAAUGAUGGGUGAGGGCCCGGAGGCUCGACUUAACAAGGCCACGUAUGUAUUAAAUUUUUUGCAGGUCACUGAUGACGUUCAACAACCACCAAUGCUGCGUCAUUUUGGGUCAUUGACAAGUAUAUCUGGUGUGGCCCCCGGGGUUAAGGUUCAGAUACGGGACCUGCAGACGGGUCAGUGGUCUGCACCUUGUGACUUAUUAACCUGGGGUCGAGGUUAUGCUUGUGUCUCCACAGAUACUGGACCGCGAUGGGUGCUGGUACGACUGGUAAAACCCUACUUAGAAGUGUCAUCGCCUGCUGCAGUCCUCCUCAGAGUAGUGGUUGCAAUAUGGGUACCAUUGCAGCCCAAGAUGAACGUAUGGCUUGACUGGAACCAGGGGCUCGGCUGGGGAGUUAAAUUUCUCAGCCCCCGGUCCCUGUCAAUUGGAAUCCUCUGUCUGGACUGGGCGAAGAAGUGGUCCGACCCGGCAGCGGUCGUGGAGAGAGUAGAACUGUGCCGCGGAAGUAGUCGAGACAGCAAAGGCAGCGUGUGGGCCCUCCUGGGCGCCUGCUUGAUUCAAGCACAGAACCGAAAGAGUGAUUCUGCUAAAAGGCAAGGGGAAAUAGAUUGUCUGAAGGUGGAAUUGGAGGACAGGGACGUGCGGCCCCUUAUUGAAACAGAAGGGCACGCGGGUCCGCACGGUGGGAGCCCCCGGAGCGCUGCUUGCACGGCCCCUCGGUCGGGACCCGAACUCGGCGAGUUGCAAGCUAAGUUUUCGCGCAAGCCGGGCGAAACCGAACCUGAGUAUUUGUGGAGAGUUUCUCUAACGGGGCGCACCGGAUACUGUUGA